UGGGUACCCACCUGCAGUGUGUGCAGGGAGUUCCACGAUGGUGCAGGUGUCCCAGUAAUGCCAAAAAUGUGGCUGUGAUUUGCAUAAGAAUGAGAGGGAAUGAGCCUGUGGCAGGGAGUUGAGAGAAACCUCGGUCACACCCAGCCUGAUUCUACCUGUUCCCCUCCCCCUGCUAUAGAAAAGCCUCAGCAGGUGAGCCUGCCCUUCACUCUACUCUGCAGCAGCAGCGAGCGGGACACUGGCACCUCCACCCCCUGAGACUGGCACCUGCUGGGGGUCUCUGCCUGAACCUGGCAUGCACACGGCACAGCUGGUGAAUUUGUGCAGAGGAUUAGUUGGCCUUUAAGCAGAAGCAUUGCACAGUUCCGCAGGGGCGAUGGAUAAAGGAGCGAAUGUGCAGAACCCCUAUGCCAGCGUUACCAUCCCUCGGGCCCAGCUGAAGAGCAGCUUUGUGCGCCGCACCCUGGGAGAGGAGGACCUGGAUGGGGUCGUUAUUGCCAACCCUGCGGCAGUGCCAAGUUAUCCCUCAUACUCGGCUCAGGACAGGUACAGCAGCGACUUAACAGCCCCUGCCCCAUGGGAGGGCAAUAAAGUGCGCACCCAGGAGUCAUGGAGACGACCUUACAAUCCAUACGCCGACCCACCCCAGAAUGGCGGCCACCCACCUGGGAUGUACUCCAUCGACCUGGACAAGAGGAACAAGGUGAGUGCGACAGUGGAGGAGCCAUGCUGCUGUUACCCUUGCUGCAAGUGCUGCGGCUGCUGUCGCAAGAAUUGCUGUGUUGUCUCCUAAUCUGCUCCUCACUCACAGAAAGUUCCAUGGAAAGACUGGCCGCUGUUUCCACCCCCUUGGAAUGAUCCUUUUUGGGGUGUCAGUCUUAAUGUGUCUCCCACAAACUGCAAACCUGCUCAUUUUGGGUGACUUGUGUUGCCAAAUGCAAUCCACACUCCUCUUCCUUUCCACGGACAGACAGACUUGUGUAUUGUUGCCAAGCCAGCGGGACUCUAGCAACCAGCAAAGCGCAGUGCCAAGGUUGCCCUGGAAAAUAUGCGGGGUCUUUGUGCACAGGGAUCUUGAGGGGCUGGGGGUAUUAUUGUAACGUAUAAUUAAUUUAUAUUCACAGAUUGCAAUUCUCCUAAUUAUAAAAACCCCACAUUUGUGGUGCAGGAGGGGAUCUCUGGGGGUCAGUGGGGUCACUAUAUCUGCUGCAAUGGGCUGUUGGCAUUUUGCAGUUGGUCUUUCAUUUAGCAUUCUUUGUGGUGCCUGGCUUAUUGGAUAUUAUAUCUGGCAACAUCUUAUCUUAUCUUUGCAACAGUUACUAGGAGCCGCCUGGCCUUAACAACCAUGUGAAUGUCAGAGUGACAGACUGGGAAAUAAUCAUAAUAAAGCCCCUGAUCAUAUUUGGGGUGCCCAGUCCACCAACUGGGGAGAAGCUUAAAUUCCAUAUUGCAAAGUGGCAGAACAGGAAGCAAAGACUAACAUGAAGACCAACUGCAACGCUACGGAGAUUGAUUCUAUCUACAAUAGGUAAAAUGCUAUACAUUGUUUGGCUACAUACAAUAAGGGCAUAGUUACCCUUUCAGCAGUCUGAUGUGCCCCAAAGUUGUGGGUGGAGCUUGCACAGAGAUCAGGCCUGGGGAAUGUUGCACAAUAUCACAUUAUUUUUUAUAUAAGAAAUUACAUGAUUGAAUUAAAGGCUCCUUAACUGACAAA